AUGACAUCAUACUUAUUUGAAAUGCAAGAAUUUGAGGCAAGUUAUAACUAUGUAAAUUAAGCAGCUUUAAUCUUUUAUGAAGAGACAGAUGGUAGUCAUUAGGAUACUGAUAAGUUUGUGGAUUGGGAGGAAGACCUAAUAAAAAUAUCAAAAUCAUCUCCUUCUUAAAGAGACUACAAAAAAAACAUCUGUAGAAACAUACUAAGAUAAGCUGUGAAAUCUAUGAGAAGAGGAAGAUAGUUAGAAUUUCUAUAAAUGGAACUGCAGCAAGAAACCUCUCGUUUUAUAGAUUAUUACUAAAGUAACUUACAUAACAUAAAUGGAUUCAGAAGCCUCAAAAACUAACUAAUCAUAAACUAAAAGGACACGUCUGAAUAAAAAUUGUGGAAACGUGCCUUUCAGUCUUAUCUGGUUUGGUUCUUGAAUUAAAGAGCAUCUCUCUUCAUUCUGAAUGGAGAAGCCAAUAACUUCAAAGAAUACCUAAGAUUCAAAAAUGAAGUUAUGUUGUUUUACACAUAAUUUCCUGAACAAUGGUGUUCGAAUGAGCCAGCCUGGAAAAACUGUAAUUGA